CAUAGGUUUGACAUAGGUCAACUUCCCCCGGAGGCAACGUCACUAUGAAAGCGACAAAGUAUAAAAGUGAGUCGCCAACGGUCUUAUCACGCACGACUUUCAUACUCUUCAGAAUGGGUAUCAUCAUAUCAUGUAUAGCAGGCAUUUUUGCCGCCAUAGGCGAUCUCAUCCUGGGCAUCGUUGAUUGCAUUGCAGGAUGCCUUGAGUGUAUUAUAUCAGCCAUCGCAGGGUUCUUCGCCGGCUUAGUUGAUUGUAUCACCGGCUGCUUGUGCUGUGGUCGAGUCUAAACAAGGCCUCCGGGACAGGCUGGCUCCUACAAGGAGUCAUUGAAGUUCCCGGAGGCCAUAUAUUUCCUCGAUCAUACCGACUUUAGACUGUCCUCAGAGAAGUGAUACGUCUUGGAGAAGGGUGUUGUCAUUGUGCUACGGUCGCUGCUAGCUUUAUACCCCAACUUGUAUCAAUCACCGCUGUUAUUCCCUGGAUUGUACGUUUUAC